UGGGCCAGCCUCAGCCUGGCAUCAGGCGCCAUUCCCGGAGCAAAGGUGAAGUCCAACCUUCCACCAGAUGGCUGGAGCCGACAAGCAGAGAUAAGGGUCACACUUUGGACUCCGCUGCCAGAAGGGGGCAGUGCCCCCGGGGUCCCUGAUCCCCCGAGGCCCCUUCUGCGGCCGGUCCUGCUCUCCUGCCUGGUUAAAGGAGGAAGACGAGGCCGAGGCCGGGGCACGGGGCUAGCCGGCCACUCACCGACGCGGAAAGCGAGCCUCAGGGGGCCCCUUUCCCCUGCACAGUGGAGUGAUGAGCCUUUGCAGGUGACCCAGGAGAGAAGGGAUGCAGGCCUUGGGUCCUCCUGAUAAGAGUCCCCUCCAAGGGCUGGUGGCCUCCCGCAUUGAGACCUAUGGAGGCAGGUAUCAGGCCUCGGUCGCGAGUCCUCCAGGCAAUGUCUAUCCCCGAGGAGGUCUUUUGCUGGAUCCCAGCCGCCGACUCCUCCAGGGCUACGUCCCCUUCACCACGGGUUCUGGCCCGGCCCGACGCCUUUCUCCCCUGAGGCUUCGAGAACCAGAGCCUGAGAAGACGCACAGAAGUCCCUUUGGGGUCGGGACACCUCACUCCCCCAAACUCAAGGAAGUCACCAAGGCCCAUGAGCUGCAGGUGAGGCUGCAUACCUUCAGCAUGUUUGGGAUGCCCCGCCUGCCCCGGGAGGACCGGCAGCACUGGGAGAUUGGGGAGGGCAACGACAACAGCGUGGCCAUUGAGAAGUCCUGGAAGGAGCUGGUGCCUGGGCACAAGGAGAUGAGCCGGGAGCUCUGCCACCAGCAGGAGGCCCUGUGGGAGCUACUGACCACGGAGCUCAUCUAUGUGCGGAAGCUCAAGAUCAUGACGGAUCUCCUAGCUGCGGGUUUGCUGAACUUGCAGCGCGUGGGUCUGCUGACGGAAGUGUCAGCUGAGACCCUGUUUGGAAACGUCCCCAACCUGAUUCGAGCCCACCGGAGCUUCUGGGAAGAGGUGCUGGGGCCCAUCCUAGAGGAGACACGAGCCUCAGGCCAGCCUCUGGACCCGGUCAGCCUGCAGGACGGCUUCCUGAUGUGCAGCCAGCGCUUCCAGCCCUACGUCCUAUACUGCCUGAGAGUGAGGCAGACCAUGGCCUACGCCCGGGAGCAGCAGGACCACAACCCUCUCUUCCACAUCUUCGUGCAGGUGGGAGAGGACUCGCUGGGGAAGGGGGACGCGGCGGACCUUGGUCCAACGCAGAAAGGUAGCCUACAGUCCCUCACCCCUGCCCCCCUUCCCUGGCAGUGGUGUGAGAAGCACAAGCUCUCGGGGAGGCAGAUGCUGGGAGACCUGCUCAUCAAGCCCCACCAGCGCAUCACCAAGUACCCUCUGCUGCUCCAGGCUGUGCUUAAGAGGACCCCCAAUCCCCAGGCCCGGGAGGCCCUGACCGCCAUGAUCGCAGCGAUGGAGUCAUUCCUGCAACACAUCAACAAGCAGGUGCGCCAGGGCGAAGAGCAGGAGAGCUUGGUGGCUGCAGCCCGGCGCAUCGGGCCCUACGAGGUGCUGGAGCCGUCCAGCGAGGAGGUGGAGAAGAACCUGCGACCAUUCUCCACCCUGGACCUGAUGGCCCCCAUGAUGGGGGUGGCUCCAGAGCACACCAGGCAGCUGCUGCUGGAGGGGCCCGCUCGUGUGAAGGAGGGACGUGAAGGGAAGCUGGAUGUGUACCUGUUCCUGUUCUCUGAUGUGCUCCUGGUGACCAAGCCCCCUCGCAAGGCGGACAAAGCCAAGGUUAUCCGCCCGCCCCUCAUGCUGGAGAAGCUCGUGUGCCGGCCACUCCGUGAUCCCAGCAGCUUCCUGCUGAUCCACCUCACUGAAUUCCAGUGUGUCUCCAGCGCCCUCACCGUGCACUGUCCCAGCACUGCCGACCGGGCCCGGUGGCUGGAGAAGACCCAGCAGGCCCAGGCCACCCUGCAAAAGCUGAAGGCAGAGGAGUAUAUCCAACAGAAGAGGGAGCUCUUGGCCCUCUAUCGGGACCGAGAUGGGGAGUCCCCAUGCACCAGGCCCUCCACGCCUUCCCAGGAGGGCUCUCAGAACAGCACGGAGUGCAGGACUUGCGAGUCCUCGACUGUCAUCCCCCACCUGGUGGUGACAGAAGACACAGAUGAUGAUGCCCCCUCGGUACCAGAUGACACCUCGGACUCUGGCUACGGCACUCUCAUCCCAGGCUCUCCCAAAGAGUCCCACUCCUCACUGAGCCGUCUACGCUUGAGGGCCCUUCGGCGGGACCCUCGCCUCACCUUCUCCACCCUGGAACUCCGAGAUGUCCCUCUGCGUCCCCAGCCUUCUGACCCCCAGGCUCCCCAACGCCGAAGCGCCCCUGUACUGCCAGAGGAAGGUGUCCGGAAAGCAGGCAGUCUUCCCAGGGUAGACCCACCGACUUGGUCUGAGGAAGAAGACCGGACCUCAGCGGGCGAGAAUGUGGUGGUGGAAACGUUGCAGAGGGCCCAGCUCCGGGGGCAGCUGUGCCCCUCCCCAACCCACGCUGACUCUUCUGAGGAAAGCCCCUGGGAGUCCUCAGGGGAUGAAGAAGAGGGGUAUCUCUUCCAGGGACCAGACUACACCCCCUCCCCUCACCCACUCCGGCCCGAGGACAUGCUCCGAGAGAUCCGUGAGGAACUGGCCAGUCAAAGGAUUGAGGGCGUCCCCGAGCCUGGAGACUGCAGGCCUCGCAAGCUGACUCGGGUCCAACUGCAGAGGAUGCGAGGGUCUCAUGUCGUACACCUGGACACACCCCUGUCCACAUCAGAGGUGUGAGGAACAUGAAAGACCCUUAGCAUUUCUCCAGGAGGAAAUCUCUUCUGAUGAAUGCUGGUCACCACCUCCACCCUGGGACUCUACCUCAAGGACAUUUCCCCAGGCAUCCUGCCCCUCCUGCUCAGAGGACUUUGGGGAUCAAGAACUGUACAUUUAUGUAUCACAGAUACCCCGAAACCCCACAUAAAGUUGUGUGUGAAAACCA